AUGUCGUUUGCCUUGUCUUCCUUGGUUUCUGUUUCAGAGGAGCAGGUGGAGGUCCUUGACGAUGAUGAGCUCGCCUUGAUCACACGACGGUUCAUGCGCUUCAACGACAACCGCACGAACAGGCGAAGGAACAACAACACCUGCUUCGACUGUGGCAAGCCAGGCCACUUCGCCACCGACUGCCUCGACAAGAACAAAUCCAAGAGCGGGUACGACUACAACAAGCAUAAGAACAAGGACGGCACCAAGAAGAAGAAUAACAACGUUGACUCCAACACUGACGACCACACCAACUCAAGCUCAAGUGAGGAGGACGACGACCGCAAGGCAAAGAAGAAGGACGACAAGAACUUCAACGGCCUCUGCUUCUACUCCGGCAAGAACCGCAACGAGUACUGUGUCAUGGCCCUCAACUCCAAGAAGGAUGACAAGGAAAGCGACUCCAACACAGAAACUGAGGUAAAGCCUACUCCAGAACAACUUGCUCUAGAAGUAGAAGAACUUAAUGAUUGCCUGAUCAAUCAAGAUAAACUGCUUAAGAAGGUUGCUAGAGAGCGAGUUGAGCUUAAGGCUAAGUUAGAAAGUGCCUUGAUUGAGAUUGAUAUGCUCAAGUCCGCUCCUCCUAUUUUUGAUGUUGUUGAGUGUAAUGAAUAG